CAAUACAUUUUUAUAUGAUAACACUUUUUCGAACAAACAGAUAUGAAUAGCUAUGUAAAUAAAAGUAAGACAUUGUGCAUAAAAUCACUGUCUGAUGUGGCUACACGAUAGAUAAAAGAGACCGGAAACUCAAUAAUAGUCAAUCGCAUUCAUCGAGUUUCUUAAAUAAAAAUAUUUUUUUUGUUGUUUGAUAGAUCGGUCGGUGGGUUAUGCUAAAAUAAUUAGACAGCUCGAUCGCGGUUUUUAACGAAUUUGAGGAUUGUCUUCAGGUUCCCCCAAGGCUCGAUUUUCGCCUGGCGCUCUCUCGUGUCCGGUCGCGGGCUCCUUUCCCGAACAACGGCAAGUAAUCGAGCCUAGGUUCCUCCCAACCGAUAUCCCAGCCGAUAGUAAACUCAAGUCUAUCUUGCAACAGCCUGUAGUGCAGGCGUUUUCUGUGUGUUCACGAAUUAGCGGUAUCAGCUCGCGAUCAAGUAGAUUCGCCACCAUGUUGGCUUAGAACCCCCUCCCCGUUACUCCUCUUUUAGCCUAACUCCCACUCCCUAGAACGCCUUUCCGUCUCUCCCCUAUCUCUCUCCAAUCUCUCCUCUUCAAUCCAAGAUGGCGCUCGCUUGAUCAGAAUGCGCUCGCUCGCCAAAAUACGCCUGCGUUGCAGGCUAUCAGGCUAUCUUGCAACCAGAGCCAUCUCCCGUGGUGUGCAAUCGAUGGCAAUCGAUGAUCGGAAAAACGCUCAAUCAGUCAAUCGAUAAAAUUUAAUCAACUGGUAUCGGUCAUUCGAUGAUCACUCGAUAGUCACUCGACUGGCAACAAAGGUCGCACGUAGUCAACAUUUACUUGAAAACGGAAAAGAUGGUAAUCCCACGCAUAGAGAUUUCAACUUCUUCGGUCGGCAUUACAAUAGUUACAGCAAGUUACUCCCAUGUACAGUGGUGCGAGGGGUGCAACGUGUUAUAUGCUUGGUGUUGAGAAGGUUUACGGUCGUUUCGAUACAAAGUCGUUUCGAUACAAGUCGUUUCGAUACAAACGUCGAUUCGAUGAGGAACACGGAAACGCGUUGAGAGUAACUCCCGAUGGUGGGCAGCUCGGCCACCUUCAACCCGAACUUGUGGAUCCUCUCUAGCCAAUACAUACAAAUUUCUCUGUUAAAUGUCUCAAGAAUUCAUAUAAAAUCUGUUAACGAUCUACAUGUCCAAAGAUAUGAUAGUAAGCGCUUAUCCCCAACAGCCUGUCGGUUGUAAAGGGUGACGAAAUUUGCAUCCAAAUGAUACCAAUCGAUACCAGUUAGGCCAUCGAUUGUCAUUGGAAAUCGGUGACAAUAGAUAAAACGUCACACAAAUCCUUUUCAUCCAUUGGUCAUCGAUUAUCAGUAUCAAUCUAUCAAUCGAUAUCGAUUGCCAUCGAUUAUCGAUUUCAUCGAUUUGACACCCCAGGAGAAAGCCGGGGGAUCUGCCGAAUCGUGUCAGCUCUUCCUUGAAUUCGCCGUUCCCCAGAAAUUGGCGAGAAUCGAACAAGCUUUUCGAAGUUAAUGAAUGAACUAAUUUAAGCUUUGCGCAAAGGGUUGGUGGUGUGCAAUUUAUAGUAAGAUAUUUCAUCGGAUUUUCAUAUUUUCACUCACCUUCAUCUUCAGAAACGACUCCCAGCCGAUUAACAAUUGGCAAUAUAUCGCAAUUGAAGAUCGUUAUGGUAUUAAGUUAACCAGGUCGACUUUAAAAGCAUUGUUUGCUCACAAAAAAAAAAAAAAGAAAGAAAGAAAAGAAAUAUGCCAGCGCUCUGGACUUUUGUUCCCUUCUCAUUACGUUUUUUCCUCUGCAACCGUUAUAAAUAAUAUAAAUGCUACGUGUUAAUCAUUACACCGUACAUCCAUCAACUACGGCAGUUCCGAUUGUUUUCGACUAAACAUAUUAUAUCCAACUCUCGUUUACUCUCUAUUCAGGUCUGAGACUUGACGCAAGGAUAAAAUGUCACUUAAUGAAAACCCCAACGUGUUCCAAACUAUAACUUCGGCUGACGAUCCCAUAAACUACCAAGGAAAUAAUGUUGAUGGUAACUGUGAGUCAUCCUACGACGAGGAAACAAACGUUAUAGAUUCAGGAGAACGUGACACUAUGCCAAUGUGGAAGGCAGCAGCUAACUUUAUCUGUGACGUAGAAGGAACAGGUCUUCUGAGUUUACCCUUCGCAGUUUUGAAUGGCGGAGUUGCUGCAUUGGCAGCAUUGGUUAUUGUUCCCGUGAUAUGCUGCUACACAGGUACGAUCAUGAUACAAUGUUUGUAUGGAGACAGCUCUACACCCGGUGGACGGAAACCACGUCUGCGAUCAAGUAUUGAGGAAUUAGGGGAAGCUUGCUGGCCUGGAAUUGGAAGAAAGGUUGUUCUAGCACUGCAAAACACCGAGUUACUUAUGCUGUCAGCCUCGUACCUUGUCCUUUGUGCAACAUUCCUAGAUUACGCAUUCCUUACCCUGCCAUUUACAAAGAUCCUGUGGAGCUGCAUUGGUGCAGCUGUGGUACUUCCCACAGUGUUUCUUAAGAGCCUCUCAAACGUAGCUUGGUUGAGCUUAAUUGGUAUCCUGUCCGUAUUAGUUCCAGUGGGUUCUGUCAUGUGGUAUGGUAUCAGCCACAGCUCUGGUUGGCAACUAAGCUCGAUUCCACUUUGGAAACCGGAAGGGAUUCCUGUAGCAUUUGGGAUUGUUUUAUUCAGCAAUGCGGCCCACAGCAUUCUUCCACGGCUGGAAGGAGAUAUGGCGAAUAAGGGGAUGUUUAGAGUCAUGCUAAGCAUUUCAUACAUAUUUAUAACUUGCCUUAAGAUUACAUUUUCCCUCUGCGCGUUUCUGUCAUUUACGACCGAUACGAAGGACCUUGCUACAAACAACCUUCCCCCAGGUGUGGUUUAUUACAUUUCAUGUGUGUUUCUUGGAGUAAACGUGUUGGCGUCUUAUCCAUUUCCCAUUCUUAUCGUUGUGAGGUCCAUUGAAGAUGCUCUGUCGCCAGAUUGUUUUUUGGAUAGACUGCCAAUGGCUGUUCGGUUUGUUUGUGUUCGAGUGUCUUUGGUGCUUCUUACUUUGGGCGCUGCGGCGCUAAUUCCACACUUUGCAUUGAUGCUGGCUUUUGUUGGCAGCUUGACUUCUUCCACAACGUGCUUUGUUUUGCCUUGCUUGUUUCAUCUGAGAUUUAAACAUGGCGAGUUACGUUUCUAUCAAAAAAUCCUGGAUUAUUUCAUCAUUUCGUUUGGAUUAGCUGCUGCAGGGUUCGGCAUUGUUUUCUCUGGAAAAGCUCUGGUAAAAGCUUAUGAAAAAACGUAAAUAAAAUUUUCACGAAUGGUACGAAGACUAUACCUAUGUAAGAAAUAGACUAAUUUCGAUAUAUUAAAAUUCAGUCUAAAACGAU